ACUAUUUGCGACUUUUGUGUGGCAAUCGAAUUCAGAAAUUUUGAAGUUCAUUGACUAAACCAAAGAAGAAACGUUAUCAACAAACAAAGUUUAGUAAGGAUAUUAUACUUUUAUGAAGUUCUCUCGGAACUUUAUGUAGUCAAAAUUAUCAGUAUCUCCUAACAUAUUCAAUAGUACUCUCGGCGCAUUCAACAUGGCUGGGCGAAGUGAUGAUCAGAGAGAUUAUGGGCGAAGAAAACCUCUACCGACGGAACCACCUUAUAAGGCAUAUGUUGGUAAUUUGCCUCAAGGAACCGUUCAAGGAGAUGUCAACCACAUAUUUGGUGAAUUAGACGUAAAAUCAGUACAGUUAAUUAAGGACAGAGAUACUGAUGAAUUCAAAGGAUUUGGCUAUGUCGAGUUUGGGGAUCUCGAAAGCUUGAGACGUGCUUUAGAUCUAGACGGCAGAGUACGUGUAAACGAUUGUAUGCUCAGGAUUGAUGUAGCGGAAGCUAAAAGGAGUGAACGAGGUGGAGGAUUUGACAGAGGAAGAGGAGGCGGUGGUGGCGGCGGUCGAGGUGGCUUUCGAGGAGGGAGGCCAAGUGAUCGUGACAGAUUCAAUGACUUUGGAGGUGGUGGUGGCGGUGGCGGAGGCAGAGACUGGAACAGGGGUCCACCUGGUGGCAGAAGUGGACCACCACCACCCCCUCCAAGCGGAAGUUUCGGUGGUAGACCACGGCAAGAGGAGAGAAGAGGACCACCACCUGUGGAAGAGAUACGACCCAAUCCAGAAGACGCUGCUCGUCGACCAAAGUUAAUGCUGAAGCCAAGAACUGUAAAAGAUCCGCCCAAUCAAUUAGCAGAGACUAGUCAGGCAUCAAAAAUAUUUGGUGGUGCAAAACCACGAGAAGAAAAAAUUCUUAAGUAAUAAAAGUUAAUGUAAAUUAAGUCAAAUGCAUCUCUAAAUGUAAAUGGCUGAGCUGUAUGCAGCAGGUGAGAUUACAACUUAGUCAUUUUGUUAUGAUUUAGUGACCCUUCCCAUUCUGAUGUAGUGUUCGAAAGCCAUUUUUAUUCUAAUUAAUAGUUUCCUUUCUGUGCAGUCUUUUAAUUUUUGAUGACUUUAUUUAACUUCAUCUAAGGUAAUUAAGGCAGAUAUUGAAAUUUGAAUGCUUUGUUCGUAAAAAAAAAACAUGGUAAGAUAACUAUAUUUGAAAUCUGAAUGUUGUAUCCCAGAUUUUGCUCUUGGUUGGUCUACAUUUUGCGAAAUGUAACAAUUACUCCCUACCCUGUUGUUUGAAGCACUGAGUAACAUGAUUUUAAUUUUGCCAUUUUUUAAGAGAAUUUUGUGAUUUCUUACUGAGUGUAAAUAAGUAGCUAAUAAAUUCCAUGUCGGAUUGCAUUUGAAAAUUAAUUUGUUGCUGCACAUUAGAGCAUGCCAUUUCAUCUCUUUAUUGAAGCUGAGUCUUGUUUUACUAAAAUUAGUUGCUGCCUGUGCACUAAAGAACUGUGAUUUACGUUGUGGAGCUGGUUGGAAGAUAGUUUCUUGUUUGAAAUUGCAGUUUUAGAACAUUUGCGUGUUCUCUUCUAAUGUAGAACAUUACAUUAAAAUUUUUACGAGAUGUUUGUAUAUAACCAGUGUUAAAACUACAGAAUGAAGAAAAAUAUAUUGCUUGUAAAAAAAAAAUUAAACAGUGCCACGAUAUAUUGAUAAUGAAAAAUAAUUUUUUAAUAUUAUGAUUGGGCUGUGAGUAUUUCUUCCAAAAAGCCUCCUAUAUUGCAAGCUAAGUACAACCCUUUAAUGAACUAUCUUGCUGUUAUGUUUGUGGAGCUGCAAUGAUGCUGAAUGAGGUUUUCAUGUGUGGUUGAUGUCAGAAUUUUCUGUAUUUAAGUCUUCAUUUUCUGGAACUGCUUUCAGUAAAUUAACCUCCCACAAAAACAUAUGGUUUUUAUGUGGUUUAUUUACCUUUCUGAUAAUUUUACCAGUGACUUUUCUGCUUUCUCAGCUGCAGACUGAGUUAGUCAUAUGGUAUGAACUUCAGAAAUUAUGGAAGAUACAUUUUAUUUUAAUGGUUCAGUGUAUCUCUUGGUUAAGUGAUUGUCAUUUUUGUAUUGUCAGUUUUAUGGCAUUAAAUGAGUAGUUCCCAAUAUAACUGUAUUAUUUUUAAUCUGUGUAUACCCAUCCCCAGCCAAUCCAUGAUUUUAAAGAACUAUUGUUGAUUUUUUAUGGGACUUUGCAAGAUACUUUAGCAUGUAAUUACAGUGCAAUAUCAAAACAGAACUGUGUUGUGCUGAUCAUUGGACAGAAUCAUUCACUGAACAGAUUCUCUGCCUUCAAAUUUUUCACGGUUAGCAUGAAUCCACAUAUUUAUCCUUGUUCUCUUCUGCAAUGAGCUCCACAUUGUUGUGCUAGCGCAUUUUUCCAAGCCUCUUCACAAAUUAUUUGUAUGAUGUACAAUGCAUUCAAUUACAUGAGGUAGUCUUCAAGAAGUGGAGUAUCACAGCAGUCUGAAUGUAGUCUUUUUGAAGUACAGUUAGCUCCCUACACAACAGUGAUGACAAAAAUUUUUGUUGUUCAUGCUUCCGUUCUGAGAUAUUGCAUCAGAAGUCAGUGUGUAUACACUCCAGGACAACUGGGAAAAACCUGGAAAUCUUUUCAUCCAGGAGAAAACUGGGGAAAACCAGUUUUGAAUAAAUUGAAUGCUCCUUGCAUCCAGCAAAAAGGACAUUUUUUCCUCUGAAAUACAAGGCGAGCCUCAUUGAUAAUGAAAAAGUGAAGUACAAGGGCCUCUUUCAGAGAUGCAAAGCAUAAAAACAAAAAAAGAUGCCAGUUUGCAACCCUGGACAAUAGUGAAGAAAUUUGUGAAAGAUGUUAAAUCAUCAGUUAACCUGUUCAUUGAGUACUAUACAUUGUUGCAGUUUAUAUUGCAUUGCAGAAGAAAGUGCAUGAUCAGCUUUCACAGCAGUGAACUUACAGGAUAGUUGUUAACAUUGGGUGACAUUUUAAUUACUCGUGUUCUUCAUGUUAUUGUACCGCAACUGUUUGGUAUGUUUUUGUAAGUGAAAAUAAUGUUUCUGGUAACAGCGAGAAGACUUUAUGGAAAUGUCCAUGCUGACUGUGUAAAGAACUGUGCAUAAUUUUGUGUAAAUAGUACAGUUUAUUUUAAAAAUGUAAUAUUCUUUUGAAAAUAUUUACGUGUUUGCACGUUGAGUGUGAAUGUGAAACUAACUUAAGUCCAGGAUUCAGAACAUGAAAUGGGUUACUUUUGCUUCAGUAGAAUAGGGAUGCAUAAUGGGUGUUUUACAAUAAAAGAAAAUUAUAUUUAAAAUAUUAAA